AUGGCCCCUGAGCUCUCAUCAAAUUGGAAGAAACUCCAAGCCAAGAUCAAGGCAGAGUCGGCGGCCCCGAAGCAAGCCCCUAAAAGGAAGUCGAUAGAAGAUCUAUCGCCACCAGAAGCAAAGGGUCAAGCCAAGAAGAGACUGAAGACGGCGCCGCCACUGCAGGGCAACCAACCCACCAAAAGGCUUGCAUCGGCGACGAGCAACCCCCCUGCUGCCAAGAGUAGCAGGAACGGCGGCAGGUCAUCCAGCAUGGGCGUUUCUCAAAGCUCCAAAAUCACAUCUGCCGUCGCCCCAAACACCGUCUCGCCCUCGCUCGCCGUGUGGGCCCAGGACAACGACGUCUCUCCUGAACACGUCGCAGAGGCUUACGGUCUGGGCCUCAAGGCGACAACCGCUUCCGGUUCAGGAGCACAGGCCCGUCCCAACGCAGGCCUCACCCCGGGUCUCCAGCUGGGCAAGUAUGUCGGUAUUGAUUGCGAGAUGGUCGGCAUCGGCCCGGGCGGGCACGAGUCCAUCCUCGCGCGCGUCUCGGUCGUCGACUUUCACGGAAAUCAGGUCUACGACUCGCUGGUGCGCCCAAGGCCAGGAGUCAUCGUUACCGACUGGCGCACGCACGUGAGCGGCGUGAGCGCGCGCGACAUGCGAUUUGCGCGGGACUUUGACGAGGUCCACGCGCAGGUGGCGGAACUGCUGCGCGGGAGGAUAGUGGUCGGCCACGACAUCAAGCACGACCUUGCCGUGCUGGAGCUCGGGCACCCGCCGAGGGACAUUCGGGACACGGCCAAGUUCUCAGGGUUUCGAAAGUACGGCAACGGGCCCAAGCCGGCGAUGCGCAUCCUGGCCAAGGAGAUUCUGGGCUUGGAAAUACAAGACGGCCAGCACUCGAGCGUAGAGGAUGCGAGGGUGGCUAUGCUGCUGUUCCGCAGACACAAAUCCCAGUUCGACGUGGAGCACAUGAACCGGUACCCUGAUGCCAGCGGCGGUAGUGCGCAGAAAGGUUCUUUUUCAUCGAAUAAAAAGACAGCGAAGAAGAAGCGGAAGAAUUGA